CAGGGCAAGGCGCCCAUGUUCCGGAGGCGGCGCAGAUGUGACGUGAUGCCCGUUGUUUUGGUCGGCCCGACCAAUGGGACGCGCCGCCCGGAUUCUACGGGAGCCGGGAUGGGCCCGUCGUGGCGGCAGCAGGACGCUCCCCUGCCGACCGUCACGCAUUGCGCAGGGUGCACCACCGCCCGGUCCUGCAGCGGCUUUAACGGCCCCGGCAUGGAGGCGCCGCGGCACUUCCCGCCGGGCUUCGGCCCCGAGCAGCAGCAGCAGCAGCAGCAGCAGCAGCAGCAGCGCCCGCCGGCGGACAAGGCGAGCCUCCAGCAGCAGCAGCAGAGCCCGUGCCUCCAGUGCAACAACUGCGCCUACUACGGGGCUGCUGCGGCAGCCGCCGCCGGGGACCAGCUGCCGCUGCUGCUCCGCGCCUCGUCGCCCCUCGCCCUCCGCACGCAGCCGUCGCCGCUGUCGUCCGCCGCCUCGUCCCGGCAGGGCAGCCAGCUGAACGUCAGCGAGCUCACGCCGUCCAGCCAUGGCAGGCAGCCGCACCAGUUCGCCCAGUACCACCAGUGCCACAGCCUGCAGCAGCAGCCCCAGCAGCAGGCAGCCAGCCCCAGCAGCAGUGUCAGCAGCGGCAGCACCCACCUGCACCACCUCCACCACCACCACCACCAUCACCACCACCACCAGCAGCAGCAGCAGCAGCGCCGGGAGAGCAACCCCUUCACCGAAAUAGCCAUGAGCAGCUGCAGGUACAACGGCGGCGUCAUGCGGCCGCUCAGCAACCUGAGCUCGUCCCGCAGGAACCUCCACGAGAUGGACUCCGAGGCGCAGCCGCUGCAGCCGCCGCUCCCCAGCCCCGCCGCCGCCUCCUCCUCGGCCGCCCCCGAGAUCGUGGUGUCCAAGCCCGAGCACAACAACUCCAACAACCUGGCCCUGUACGGCCCCGCCGGUCCCGGACCCGGCCCGGGCGGCCCCAACAACGGCGGCAGCAAGCCCAGCAAGAAGAAGAACCAGAACAUCGGCUACAAGCUGGGGCACCGCCGCGCGCUCUUCGAGAAGCGCAAGCGCCUCAGCGACUACGCGCUCAUCUUCGGCAUGUUCGGCAUCGUGGUCAUGGUCAUCGAGACCGAGCUGUCCUGGGGCGCCUACACCAAGGAGUCGCUGUAUUCCCUCGCUCUGAAAUGCCUUAUUAGCCUCUCCACCAUCAUCCUGCUCGGGCUCAUCAUCGUGUACCACGCGCGGGAGAUCCAGUUGUUCAUGGUGGACAAUGGAGCAGAUGACUGGAGAAUAGCCAUGACUUAUGAGCGUAUUUUCUUUAUCUGCUUGGAAAUACUGGUGUGUGCUAUACAUCCCAUACCUGGGAACUAUACAUUCACAUGGACAGCCCGGCUCGCCUUUUCUUACGCUCCAUCCACAACAACAGCUGAUGUGGAUAUUAUUUUAUCUAUACCAAUGUUCUUAAGACUAUAUCUUAUUGCCAGAGUUAUGCUUUUGCAUAGCAAACUUUUCACUGAUGCCUCAUCUAGAAGCAUUGGAGCAUUAAAUAAGAUAAACUUCAAUACCCGUUUUGUUAUGAAGACUCUAAUGACAAUAUGUCCAGGAACUGUACUGUUGGUAUUUAGUAUCUCAUUAUGGAUAAUUGCUGCAUGGACUGUCCGAGCUUGUGAAAGGUACCACGACCAACAGGACGUUACUAGCAACUUCCUUGGAGCAAUGUGGUUGAUUUCAAUAACUUUUCUAUCCAUUGGAUAUGGCGACAUGGUACCUAAUACAUACUGUGGGAAAGGAGUCUGUUUACUCACUGGAAUCAUGGGUGCUGGGUGCACUGCACUGGUGGUAGCUGUGGUGGCAAGGAAGUUAGAACUUACCAAAGCUGAAAAACAUGUGCAUAAUUUCAUGAUGGACACCCAGCUAACUAAAAGAGUGAAAAAUGCAGCGGCCAAUGUACUCAGGGAAACAUGGUUAAUUUAUAAAAACACAAAGCUGGUUAAAAAGAUAGACCAUGCAAAAGUAAGGAAACAUCAACGCAAAUUCUUGCAAGCUAUUCAUCAAUUAAGAAGUGUUAAAAUGGAACAAAGGAAACUGAAUGAUCAAGCCAACACAUUGGUGGACCUGGCAAAGACUCAAAACAUCAUGUAUGACAUGAUUUCUGACUUAAAUGAAAGAAGUGAAGAUUUUGAGAAGAGAAUUGUCACUCUGGAAACUAAACUGGAAACCUUAAUUGGUAGUAUUCAAGCUCUACCUGGACUGAUUAGCCAGACAAUCAGCCAGCAACAGAGGGAUUUCCUCGAGGCUCAGAUACAAAAUUAUGAUAAGCAUGUUGCCUACAGUGCUGAACGAUCACGAUCUUUGUCAAGAAGAAGGAGAUCCUCAUCCACAGCACCACCAACUUCAUCAGAGAGUAGCUAGAAGAGAAUAAGUUAACCACAAAAUAAAGACUUUUUGCCAUCAUAUGGUCAAUAUUUUAGCUUUUAUUGUAAAGCCCUAUGGUUCUAACCAGUGUUAUCUGGGUUCUGAUGUCAGAAUCCUGGAAACCUGAACACAAUGUUUUAGGCCAAAAUGAGUGAAAACUCUUUUUUUUUUCCCCCAUCCUCCUCUCAGAUGCACAGUGAAUGCACCUAUUAUUGCUAUAUUAGAUUGUUCCUCCUGUAAUUUCACUAACUUUUUAUUCAUGCACUUCAAACAGACUUUACUACUACAAUAUAUAAUAUAAUAAAAAGGUUAAUUUCUGCACAUAGUUGCUUGGUUACUUGGACUUUAACCGUUUUUUUAAAAAGCUCACAAUCAAAAGGCCUAAUUGUAAACAUUUAAGAAACAAAAUUGAAGCUUAAUCAUUAUCCCUCAGUAUGAAAACCAAUUCAUUAAACUUUGCUUGCAGUGGAGGGGGAAAAAAAUCAGUGUUCAUCUAACAAUGUGCUGAAUAAUGUAUAGUCAUUUUAAAAGGUCACUGACAGCUUCAGUUUCUGAAGGGAUUACUUAAAAACAUAGUUUAUCCCAGAAAAUGAGUUAAGAAGUAUGCUAUGGGUUUUUUAAGAUCUUCUUAGGGCUUUUGUUUAACACGCAUUUGUACACACGCACACAGAUAAUACAUAUACAUAUAUAUAUAUGUAUAUAAAGUUAUUUAUGCCAUGCCCAUGGCAAAGAUCUUUUAAACUGACUAUUUGUAAAGCUGCUGAUGUGCAAAAAGCACAGGAAGGGUCCUGUUCAUUUAUUUGGAAUCUCAUAAUUACUCCAGGUAAGUAUGUCCAGACAGAAGCAUCACUUUCAAGCUGGAAGUCUCCCAUUAAUGCUACUUAGGUUUUGGAAAUAUUGGGUUGCUCCUAACUCUCUCUGCUUCCUUUUUUUUGUAUUUAAUGUUUCUGGAGUGAAUGACUGACACACAGAGUUGGAGUGUACACGCUUGUGUGAUGGCAGCACAACGUCCUGUAUACAUUAUGUUUAGAUAAUCCCCGUGGUUUCUGCUAUGCCAUCAAGUUUAGCAAGAAACUUUUAACAAAUAUUUCCAAAAAAAAAAUGUAGUAAACCUGCUGUAGACCGGAGUUAUGUGAGUGGGGUAUCUGUACUAUUUUACUUUCAUGCAGAGAUAAUAAGGUCUUCUUUCUUGAGAAACCAAAGCGUAGUGUACAUGUUUGUGAAAAAGUUCUGGCUGACUUUUCUCCUUGUUUAUAUUCCAGAGUAGCAAACCUAGGUAAGCUUAAAUGCUCAGCACAUGCAACUUGCAUUCUUGAUUUCUAUUUAUAAGCAGGAAGUUAUAAGACUUUAUAAAAUAUUUUAUCGUAUUUGAUACUUAUAAAAUAUACUAGCCCUGCACCCUCCCCUCUUAAUUUACAGUGAAAAGUGACACAAUAGUUAAGUAUAACUAGUAGGUAUGGCUAACUGUUUCCAAGGAAUACUACAUCUGUCUAGAUGUAACUAAUGUGCAUGUUGAAGGAAAUGAUGAUUGAUCUACACAAGUUUGUGAGUUCUGGUCAGUAGCAAUAGCCAGGGAGGACAGUAGUGGAGAAAGUCAGGGCAGCGUGGUGCUAGAUAAGGCAGGGGAGCGGUUCUCUGCAAGCUCCCGAAAUUCCCCAAGCCAGGUACAGAAUCUGAAAAACAGCAGACACUUUGGGCCUAUUUAUAUUAAAUGGUUUGCCUUUUUUCUUUUUUUCUUUUUUUUUUUUUUUUUGGUACAAAAUAUAAUAGAUAGAUGUAAGUUACAUACAGUGGCAUUGCUUGUUUAUAAAAAGCUCACGUGUUUCUCCAGCACUUUUAUGUCUUUGAGAAAGAUGAUGACUUUGCAGUAUUUCCCCCCUGGAUGAGCAGCACAGUUGCAUACCUUUAGAGUGCCUUCCUUAUAGACUGUGGUAUUUUGUGACUGGAAAUAAUAAGCUGUAUGUGCAGUAUUUGCAGUUCUGCUUUGGGGAUUUUUCUGUUUUUGUGAUGUUCAUCUCUCUCAGUUACCAAAGGACAAAAAAAAAAAAAAAAAAAAAAAAAAAAAAGGGGAUAUUAUAUAGUGCUAAUACUUUGCUAGUCCUAAACUGGGUGAGAUUUUGAAGGGUCAUGAGCCCACCUUCUUCAUCCUGUUGGUAGAAUUAGAAGUAGUGAUUAAUAAUACUGGAAUUUAGUAGUCAAGUUGCAGAAUUCUUCCUUGAAUAUUUUUCUUUCUCAUUCUCCCAUUUUCUGUGUUUAAUUUAAGAAUGUUUUUCUGUCAUUGAAAGUGAAAUAUGUGUGCUGUAGUUUAAAUGCAUCCUUCUUUGUCUUCUCAGUGUGAACUAGCUCUUUUCUUGCUUACAACAUCUUUUUUAUAUUUUAAGACUCUUUUUUUUUUCCUCUUUCUCCUCUGGGUUGUACAAUGGGAUUUUAAAAGAACUGUAGUUCCAUAUUGAAAAUUCUUGCCAAUCAUUCAGAGUUAAGUUUAAGAUCUGUCUGCAAGUAUUGAGCUGGUUUAUUCUGAUGUGACAGACCUACUGUCAUCUUUGACCUCUCAGUUUUGUGUUACCCAUUAGGACAACAGGAGACCAAACCAAACAAACCUACUAAAUUCUUGCUGUGGCUUCAUGCAGGGAAGGCUGAUAGAUGUAAUGUGACUAUCCCCAUCAGUCGGGUUCAUAACAGUCUGCCAAAUUCUUUUGGAUUUCUGUCUUGGUUUUUAAAACAAACAGCAAAUGACACCAUGGAAUAUUCCAGUUCAAUUUCUUCACUACAAAUAUUUUAUCUGCAUUUUUUGUACUGAUGAGUCUUUUCUUCUAAUACCUGGUUUUGCAAAGCACUUAAAAUACUCCUUUUGAAUCCAAGACAAGACAAGACAUAUACAGACUUACAUUCAGGAGAGCAAAAAGUACUAUGGGUUUAAUUUUCUGACUCCUAAUACAAAAUUCCCUUUCAUGCUUCCUUAUUAGAGUCUUGUACCACAAAUUCCGUUACUGAUUUUUUAUUUCCGAAACUCAAACUCUUUCCCCAUGUUCAGCAUAUCAGCUAACCUAAAGGAAAAGUAUCACUAUGACUGAUAUCUCAAACUGCUUGCAUGGUUGAAUAUAGAUUUUUCAUAGAUUUUUCUUUGAAAGAUCACUUACAAAUGACAAAGAAUCCGUCUCAGAGCAUAUAGCAUAUUCACGGUGUUACAGUUGAAAAGCUUCAUGCAUACCCCUUGUCAUUGAUUGGAAAAUUCAGCUUUCACUUGUGAUUGAACAUGUCCUUUUCACUGUGUUCCAUGUACUAAUUCAAUUUAUCAGUUACUUUUGAGUCAUGUUGCUAACUGCUACAUUUUUAAUGACACUUAGCAAAGAUGUCUUGGUUGGAAAGGCUGGAAUGUAAGAUCACAAGUAGGCCCAUUCACCGUGCUUAAAACUAAGUACAUUGAUUUGAAUAAUAUUUUUUUAGUUACAUUUAAGUCUUUGCAGGAUCAGAAUAAUACUUUCACAGCAUAAAUAACUUGCAAAUUCCUCUGUAGUUCUUAAUUCUCCAAAUCGUUAUCUUUUAUAAGCCUGCAGAUCUUCCUGGAAGAGACCCGUCCAAGUCAGCCAUUCUUUACCUCCCAUGUUUCGUAAAGAUGGAUCUGAUGCAGAAAGAACUUCUGUAUUUAAAAAUGAAGCAACCAGCAUAGGAUCCCUGAACACCUUCUGGAACUCCAUACCUUUCCUUGUGAGAUGUUCAAAAACCAUGGUUUCCUAGAAUGGGUCUGAAUCACUGUCAUAAUGAGAGGUCAAAGAUGGGUGGUAGGCAAACUGUUUUACUGGUGAUCAGUUCGUAAGACUUUCUAUGUCAGAUCAUACAUGGACAUUAAUACAAUGCACAUUAAAAGCAUAUCUACGUAUGAAAUAAUAAAUGGUUUAAAUAUGAGUGUCUCAUAUUCAGAAUAAAACCUAUUACCUUAAUCAGUA